AUUCCUCGCGGGGAGGCGGCGGCGGCGGCGGCGGCGGCGGCGGCGGCAAGCGAGAAGGGGACAGGGAGAGGUAGUGUGAAGCGCGGAGAGUGGCUGAGAGACCUGAGGGGGAGCUGGGCCCGAGGCCGCCGCCGCCGCCAUGCAGGAAAUAAUCGCCAGCGUGGAUCACAUCAAGUUCGACUUGGAAAUCGCCGUGGAGCAGCAGCUCGGGGCGCAGCCGCUGCCCUUCCCCGGCAUGGAUAAGUCGGGGGCUGCUGUCUGUGAAUUCUUUUUGAAAGCGGCCUGUGGCAAAGGGGGCAUGUGCCCAUUCCGCCACAUUAGUGGCGAGAAGACAGUUGUGUGCAAACACUGGCUGAGAGGACUGUGCAAGAAAGGGGACCAGUGUGAGUUCUUGCACGAAUACGACAUGACCAAGAUGCCAGAGUGCUACUUUUACUCCAAGUUCGGGGAGUGCAGCAACAAGGAGUGCCCCUUCCUGCACAUCGACCCUGAAUCCAAGAUAAAGGACUGCCCUUGGUAUGACCGUGGCUUCUGUAAGCAUGGUCCCCUUUGCAGGCAUCGGCACACCCGGAGAGUCAUUUGUGUGAACUACCUUGUUGGAUUCUGCCCUGAGGGACCAUCAUGUAAAUUCAUGCACCCUCGAUUUGAACUGCCCAUGGGAACCACUGAACAACCCCCACUACCACAGCAGACACAGCCUCCAACAAAGCAGAGAGCCCCGCAGGUCAUUGGGGUCAUGCAGAGUCAAAACAGCAGUGCAGGCAACCGGGGACCCCGGCCGCUGGAGCAAGUCACUUGCUACAAGGUGAGUCCCAGGGGUGGGGUGGGGUGGGGGACAGGGCAGGGUCUUCAGUCGGUGGUCAUCCCCUCACUCCACAGAUGUUGUUUUUGGACAGGAAGAAUGCUUUUUUUAUUGCUGAUUAGGAGAGUAAAGGUAGGCCACGGUGGUGGGCUAGUCGCCAUCCUGCUUCCUACACUGCCCAGACAGCGUGGAGGAAAGUGCGCACAUGCUAUUCAGUGAGCACUGUGCUGUGAAGCGAGUUUUCAAAAAGGGUAGAGUGACGCUCAAAACAGCCAUGUGCACAUCCCAAAGGAACAGGACAAGUCUUUGGGUCCAUGGCCAUAGGAACUGGGUUAGGAACACAUCCUAGCCUGUACAAGAAGGCUCUCGGUGAAUCUCGUGAGAAUUUGUGGUUGCUGGGUACUCCUUACAUGAGUUUGGGCUUACAUUUGCAUCUUUGAUGAGAGCUGAAAAGUUUAAAGCUUGAGGGUGUAGCACUGCCAUCCGACAGGAGCAGGCCCCUCAUACUCUGAGGGAGGGAUGAACUUGUGAUUAAAAAUCACAGAAAUCACGUGUUGGGAAAUGUCCUACAUGGCAAACCAGCAGUGACAUCCAUAGAACUAGACUAGGAGGGCUUGAGACACAGGCAGCUCCAAGGGUCAGGCGAUUGCUGUGCAGUCCUGAAGACUGGUUUGGAUCCCUAGCACCUACAUAAAGGCUAGGUGGGCGUGGCCCAGAUCAUUAAGAGACAAGAUCCCUGGAGCUAAGUAAGCCAAUCAGUGAGUUGUAGGUUCAUUUGAGACCCUGCCUCAGUAGAGAAAAGGGAGACUAUAUCACUUUGGUGCCCCCUGCAUGGACAAUCAAAUAAGCAUGCACACAUACUCACAUGCACACAUACAUAAGCAUGCACACACACUCACAUGUACACACACAUAAGCAUGCACACACUCACAUGUAUACAUAAGCAUGCACACACUCACAUGCACACACACUCACAUGCACACACAUAAGCAUGCACACAAACUCACAUGUAUACAUAAGCAUGCACACACAUGUACACACAUAAGCAUGCUCACACUCACAUGUACACACAUAAGCAUGCUCACACUCACAUGUACACACAUAAGCAUGCUCACACUCACAUGCACACACACUCACAUGCACACACUCACAUGCACACACAUAAGCAUGCACACAAACUCACAUGUAUACAUAAGCAUGCACACACAUGUACACACAUAAGCAUGCACACACACAUGUACACACAAGCAUGCUCACACUCACAUGUACACACAUAAGCAUGCACACUCACAUGCACACACUCACGUGUACACACAUAAGCAUGCACACACAUGUACACACACUCACAUGUACACACACUCAUAUGUACACGCACAUACACAGAGAAAACCCUAGAGGGAACUAGCUACACAAGCAUGCACGUGGACUCCUGGAGCGAGCCUAACUCACACCCUCUUUCUUUCCGCGACUGAGCCUUGCUGGAGGUACGCAGCCUUGCUUUCUGCUUACUGAUGAAUCUCUACAACCGUGCAGGGAAGCCUGCCCUUUCUCAGUGGCUACAUAACCACAGCUUAUUUCACGACAGCGGCUAAGACUGUGUAUGGUUCUGUUCUUAACAGCAGUACUAAUGGGAACAGUCUUGUCUGAUAACCACGGGCACUGCUGUGUGCUAGUGGUUUGAGCUGUAAGAUGCUUGUGUACAUUGUAAGGCAUGGCCUAGGGUAGAGCCACACAACCAGGCAUUGCUGUAUGGCGGAGUUUACAUCCCUAGGGGAAGGGAAGGCAACUGCUUAAAGGAAACUCAAAGUAAAAGAAUGGGUGUGUUCAUGUGUGGAGCUUGGGAGGCAGAGCUUUCCUGGUAAUUUUUCACAGAUGGCAUUCUAAUGCAGCCUAGCUGCCAUCUUGCUCCCAUCUAGCAUUAUGCAGCAGUGUUCUUAUGACACAGCCGCUCAGAUUUGAGACCCUAACAGAUGUAUGUGCCCAGUCCUAGCAGCAGGGCUUCCUGGUUCCUUCUGGUCGUCACACAGCCCAAGGGCUCCCUGGCUGCUGUCUAGACCACUCAUCCACACAUAGUUAGAUCUCUGAGUUCAAGGCCAGCUACUGUCCGGGGCGCGGGGGGGGGGGGGGGGGGGCGUGUGGGAGGGAGAGAGAAAGCUCUCGCAAGUGGGCCAGCCAGCCAGCCAGCCAGCCAGCCAGCCCCCAAGAGCACACACUGGAUGCUGACAGAAUACCACUAUGGAAGCCAGGAUGGAGUUGACACGGGCAUGGGAACCUGAUAGAAAGUUUGUGUUGAGUUGUGGCCCCUUGCAAUCUCCUGUCCAUUUGCUAGACCAAGGCUAUUCAGGCAAGCACUACAGAAAGGGCCAAGUUAAGAUCAGUGAUAGCUGUCAGGUGACACUGCCAGCCCCACCACUCCAGGUUGAAAGAUUAUCAGAUUGCUCUGGCCCUGUGAUCAAAGCCUGCCCUCAGAUAGCUUUGAAAUGUAUGCAAGAUCCAGGAGGGAGGCUUCAGGCAGAGCUUACCCUCUGUGUCCUCAGCAAUAGCUCCCUGAAUUGGGGCAGGAGCCUGGUGGCUUCUGUCCGGUUGGUCCCUCCUGUCUUCUCUAGGAACCCCAGACAUUGGCUCAGAGGUAAGGUGAUUGUCCUGCCCUGUGGAGGGGCAGGUGGGGGAGCUCUUUGGUGCUAUGAAAGCCCCUGUUGGGCAGGCCUGGGCCCAGUGCAGGUGUGGUGGGGCUGGGGAGCUGUUCCGUGUCAGCCUCCUGGCCUCUUCCCAGCUUCCUCACAGGCUGCUAUUUGGUGGGCACUGCUUUAGUUAACAUAAACGCUCAUGCUUUUUUCUAUUCCCUCCCCUCCUGUUCCCAGUGUGGUGAAAAAGGACACUACGCCAACAGAUGCACCAAAGGGCACUUGGCCUUUCUCAGUGGACAGUGACAGCAGCAACAGCAGCAGCUGGCAUCACUGUGGAGCAGCCUGAGGGCCCGCUGUUGGGAGCAUGCACUUAGCUGCUGAAUGUAGGACUGGCAGGACUCCGGCUGGAGCUGCAGGCAUACCUGUCAGGGCUCACUCCGAGGGCCAUGUCUGUCCUUUGGUUUUGCUAUAAUUUUUUAAAAGAAGGACCAUGUGCUUCAGGUGGGUCCCCUGAGCCAGAGUUUGCCUGGACAUCAGUGCCUCGUUUUUUAUUUUAUGAGUUAUUUUUCUGGACUUCCUGCACAGUGCCCUGUUGGGGAGAGAGAAGCUGGGAGGCCUAUGCGUGGUCCUGGGUGGAAGACAGCUGGCCAUUCCCCUCAGGGCCUCAUUGAAACACCAGCACCUAAAGAGGAUGGGUGGGUCAUGUGGGGCUGUGGCCGGGUCAGCCUGCUUUCUCCAUGUCCUGCUGACGUCUGAAGCUGUGCCUAUGAAUGUGAUUUGAACAAGGGAGCCCUUCCUGACAAACGUGGAGCACCCUCUGCCUGGCCUGGCCCUCACUGUGGGAGAGGCGCCAGGCUCCCCAGGCUGAGCUGCUUUUCUGGGCUUGCUUGUGGGGCACCUAUGUGACAGUGCUUCAUUCAAGUGCCCCUUUGGCCAGUGCUGGAGACCACCUUUAAAUAGCUGACCCAGUUGAUCUGCGCCUACCUCCUGCCCAGCAAGCUCCAUGCUGCCACUCAGACACCUGUGGCAUGCAGAGGCCGCCCAUCCUUGAGCCUAGAAAAUGUGAACCCAUCACCUGCAACCUGCUGGGCAAGUGGGCCUAUCCAAGUUCAGUUAUGAGAAUACUUUGAUUAAAAAGCUUGUUUUUAA